AUGACUUCAGCUGACCACGAAGAAUCCGGGCUAAGCGAGAUGCAGCUGCAAAUCUCAGAAAUCGUGCAACAUGGAGUUAUUGACCCGAAUUUCAAGUUCAAGGAUUCAGAGUUCGAGAUUUUAUCCACGCUACGCUACGACCCUAAAUUUACCCUAGCAAACCGUGGUGCUACUGGAAUUGCUGAUAAUACUAUCUCUGGAGCACAAUCUGACUUGGAUCCGCAACUUUCGAUGCUGGACCUUCAUGAGUCCCUCAACGAACCAGGCAACUCGCAUAACAACGGGGCACCACUGUUCCAACUUUUCCAAGAACUACAGAAAGGAAUCUUGCCGAUUUCACCACCUCCGGAACCCGAAAACGAACUCCGGAGCGACAAGACGGAGCAAGAGCUACUUAAAAUAUUCUACAGUCGGUUUUUGCUUCUUGGAGAGCACUAUCAACGCUUGAAUUUGACUCUAGACUAUUUCCACUGGGAGUUCGACAUACCUAUUGAGCUUUUGCUUGAAAAACUGAUUUUGGCUAUUCCUUGCCCCGUAGAGUCUGCCACAGAUUUACGUUCUCGAAUGCAAAGCUUGUAUUACCUGGAUAAACGCUAUAAGAUGCGCAUUCUCGUCUCACACAUCGGAAAGAUGCGCAUAGAGGCUCAUGAACUUCCGCCAAACCCAGUCUUUUUCCCUACCACGUCCCAAUACUUUGUCAACACGGUUCUGGGUGGGUUUUUGAGCCAGCCCAGCGAAAUCUGGGAUGUUUUUAUCGAUACCCAACCAAUGACCGCUUCUCCGUUCACAACCUUCAAAACUACACGCAGGGAUCAUUACAAUGCUGCUAGGGUUCGAAUGACAGAGCUACGUGGUACUGUUAAUGAUCCAGCGGCUAAGUCUGAAAUCUUGGUCUACAACAGUUCGUUUGAAUUGAUGGAAGGGUCCAUCACUAAUGUUGCUGUACUGCGGCAAGGAACUGCACAGUCAAGUUCCUUCUAUCAAACUCCAUACCUUUCAACAGGCUGUCUAUGUGGCGUUACAAGAUAUUACUUACUGAAGAAGAACCUGAUAAACGAGGGAAACACCGACGUCCGAGACUUGAAUAUUGGGGACGAGAUUCUUCUGUUUAAUGGCGUAAUGGGUUGCGUGAGAGCGGUAAUCAGGAACUCUAUGAAUUAA